AGUCCGGGGAGCCGGGCCUGCGAUUAAAGAGGCCGCUCGGGCGGCGCUGGCCCCGGGGAUCGCAGCGGCAGGAUGCCCGGCUUCACCUGCUGCGUGCCCGGCUGCUACAACAACUCGCACCGGGACCGGGAGCUCCGCUUCUAUACUUUCCCCAAGGAUGAGGAGCAGCGCCGGCUCUGGCUUCAGAACAUCUCCCGCACCGGAGUAACGGGCUGCUUCAGCACCUUCUACCCCACCACCGGACACCGGGUGUGCAGCGCCCACUUCCCCGGCGGCAGGAAGACCUACUCAGUCAAGGUCCCUACCAUCUUCCCGCUCCGAGGGGUCAACGAGAGGAAGAUCAGGCGCUCCCGCAAGAAGCUGCCGGCCACCAGCGCCGCCGGCCAAGAGGACGUCAAGCCCAUCGACCUGUCCGGACCCUACUUCUUCUCGUCCUCGUCCUCCUCAUCCUCGCCCUCCCUCCCGGCCGCCACCGCCGCCGCCGUCCCUCGCCCCGAGGCUCCCGAGUGCCUGGAUCACUCCUACUCGCUCUCCUCCACCACCACCUCCGAGGAGCUGCUCAGGAAACUCAACGAGCAGAAGGACAUUAUCGCCCUGAUGGAGGUGAAGAUCAAGGAGAUGAAAGGCACCAUCCGGCAACUGAAGGUCAGCGAGGCCAUCCUGCGGGAGGAGUUAAGGAACAAGGAGAAAUUACUGUCCAUGUCGGUCAUCAGGAAGAAACAUGGAAUGUGAUGCCUAUUUUAUAAAUGUACAGUAUAUAUAUUACACGAACACUUCGCAGCUACUGGACCCGCGGAAAGAGAGAAUUUAACAAAAACAAAAAGACAAAUACGACGAUCAUGUGCCGGUGUGGCACGGGAUGUUAGGACUUUUCGUGUGAUAUUUCAGAUGUGAUAAAAUAGUGUGACACCACUUGCUUCAUUUUUCUGUGUGUGCGCGCAUCCCAAAUGAUAUGCAUCCCUUGUUACCGGUUGUUUCACGCGACAGGUCAGAUUUGAGGCACAUUCUGCAUGUUGCAGUGCUGAAGUUAACUUUUAGGAAGUAGUGCAGCAACAAGGUACUGAAAAACGUUCAUUUUCCACCCGAGCAUCAGUCUUAGAAACUAAGUUUAUCACGACAAUGUGACGAUCAUUUGCUAUCCAAUAUAUUCUUAUGAAUCAAUGUUUUUGUUUUAUUAUAAUGAUGCUAUAAAUUUAGUAGUUCCCCAUUAUUUUGUAUACUGCCCUCUCCAUUAAGUUACUGUACAACAAUAACCAUCAAAAGUAUAAUAAAUCCUCUUAUGGUUACACUUUGUAAAUUGGUCUAAUAAGAUUUUUACUUUUUUUGAAUUUUUAAUGUUUUUAAUACGAUUGUGAGACUUUAAACAUGAGCAAGCAAAGAGGUAGAACAGUACUUAAAUACUCACAAACAGUAGAUUGGUUAGGCUGGUGUUGGCAUUCUCUUCCUAAACUUCUCCAUCUGACCUUCCUCGUCUAAAUCCCUCCAUUAAACGCAUGUUUGAAAGAAAGCUUUCAGUCACCUCUUCUAAUAUUGCCUUCUUUGGCUGUGCAUCCAUUUGUUAUGUCACCUCUAUAAAGCACCAUUUUUCUGAUCAAUAACUCUGCAGUUUGCUUAUCAUUUCAUGUGGAAAAUUAUGUCAUUUACUGUUUAAAAGAUUUAAUUUUUAAAUGAAAUUUCACAGAAAUACAUGCUAAUAGUUACAAUAUUUUAUUUUAAACAGGAUCCUGAAUAAGUCAAUUAUCAUGCAAUCAGUGCAGGAAGUUCUAUAAUUCACAAUAAUGCACUAAGUUUAUUGAAACAGGUCAAGUAAUUUCAACAUUGCAUCCAUGGUCUCAUACUGAAAUAAACAGAACAAUUCCUCAAGAAGGGCUCAUGCCCGAAACGUCGAUUCUCCUGCUCCUUGGAUGCUGCCUGACCUGCUGCACUUUUCCAACAACACAUUUUCAGCUCUGAUCUCCAGCAUCUGCAGUCCUCACUUUCUCCUAGGACAAUUUCAUAACCGACAAUCAUUAAAAUGUUUAUCUGCUGUUGGCUGGACCUUAAAUGAUUCUCUAAUGUUACAAUAGCACACUACCUAAUGUGCUUAGUGAACACUUUGCAUCUUGAAUUGAAGAAUUAUUGUAAAAUUGCAAACAAUUAUUUCAAAAGUCCAAUGCUAUAAGUAGAACAGCAAAGUUGCUGGUGAACACAAAACAUUACCGUUAAUGAUAAUUUGCGUAACAAGAUUGAAACAAAGUUCAAAUAGUUUUAUUUUCAUGCUCCUGUAAUUAUAUUAGACACAAAAUAGUGCUGGAAAGGAGAGCUUUUUUUAAAUUAUAAGUUUCAUUGUUACUGUGGUUUUCAGUAGAAAUAUUUGUAUCUUUGAAUGCAAAUGCUGGAAGGCACUGAAACAUUCAGCACAUCAGUUUCAAAGAGGUUUUAUUCAUCAAUGGCUAAUUUUAUUGUUCUCUUCAUCCUGUAGGCCAACUUUGCUGAUUGUGCCCUAUCUCAUUUGUGAUGGUGUUAUUGUUUUUUAUUUAAAAAUGGCAUCUAUCUAAAAUGUCAGAAUCUGCUUUUUCUCUUUUCAGAUGCAAACUUGAGCUGCUGUGUAUCUGAGCAUUUUCUAAUUUUAGUUUAACUACUUAAACUAUUGACACCAGUGGCAAUAAUUGUUAUGUGAGGAGUCUCACUUUGAAGGAUUAAUGAUUGUGACAUGAUUACUGCAGCAUUUCUCUGAAAUAAUCUGUAGUUGAUUACUUGGGAAUUGAUGUUUCAUGGCAUGCCAUAUGCCAUGAGUAUAACCAUUACAAUCAACUUUAUUAUCUUUUGAUCUAUAUUGUUCUGCCUCUUAAUUCUCAAUGUAUUCAUCAUUUGUUGUAAAUGCUUUGGAAUGUCCAGAGCACUUCAAGGUGCUAUGUAAAUAAAAGUCUUUUUUCUACCAUGCCAGCAACAGUGAUAAAUUGAAUACAUAUCAUUAAAAAUAAACAAUUGCUGCCAGUGUGUUCAAUUCAAACUGACAGUGCCUCUAAUGCUAAUUAAUCACUUGCUGUAAUUAAGUCAUGUUCAAAUAACAUAAAGUGUCUAUUUCACUGUUACUCCUCUUUGAUUCUGGUUGUAAUGCAGUUUUACAGCUCUUAUUCCAUUUAGAAUUUAUGUUUUGAAAACAACUAGUAUUCAUUAGCAUUUCAAUAAUAUUUGCAAAAGGUGAUUAAUACCAUGUGAUGAUGAUUAAGAGAAUAAACAUACCUGUAAACUGGGAGCAGAACAUCCUAGUAAUUAACUACAAGUUACCUCUACGCAAGCUUGCAGCAGUAUUGUCACGAAUGUUGAGCUUCCACCGUGAAACAUCAUAUUAGUACGGUGAAUAUGCAGGUGGAGAAAAGUUACUUUUUUAAAGAUUCCUUUCUUCGCUUGAUGUCACAAUGAACAGGUAGUCUUUGGAUUAACUUUCACAAUUCAUUUCUGUGAUACUAAAGACUCACCGAAGUAAAGGUGUCCACAAGUUAAAAGAAUAAAUUUUGGAUUUUAUUCAGGGUUCAAGUGACCAAUUUAAAUGACUAAAUCUUUUGGUGUCUUAAUUUUAUAAUUAUUGUAUUGCUGUAAUCACUCUUGUCUCUAUUUUCUUUUAAUAUAAUCACUGCUGAUUAUGAGGGUUACUUCAAAAUACUAUAAUGUACAUACAAACAAGGAACGAGAGUAGGCAAUCAGUUCUAGUCUGCUGUGCUAUUCAAUAUGAUUGUGGAUAAUCUGAUUUUAACCUCAAAUGUACAUUCCUGCAUACUUCUGACAAUAAUCAUUGCUGUCUUUUUAAAAACUUAAAGAUACUGAAUCAAAGCUUUUUGUGAAAGGGAAUUCUAAAGCUCACAACCCUUCAGGAGAAAA